AUGGGGCGCAGCGUGGGGCCGGGCAUCCUGCGGCUGAGCGCCCCCAGGGCUGAGCACCCUGGGGAUCGAGCAUCCUUGGAGCAGGGCACCCCUGACGCCCAGAAGGCGCAAGCGCGGCACAAGCAAGCGAAGGAGCGGCGCGAGGAGCGAGCCAAGUACCUGGCCGCCAAGCGGGUGCUGUGGCUGGAGAAGGAGGAGAAGGCGCGGGUGCUGCGCGAGCAGCAGCUCGAGGAGCGCCGCAAGCGCCUGGAGGAGCAGCGGCUGAGGGCUGAGCAGCGCCGCGCCGCCCUCGAGGAGCGCCAGCGGCAGAAGCUGCAGAAGAACAAGGAGCGCUACGAGGCGGCCAUCCAGCGCUCGGCCAAGAAGACGUGGGCAGAGAUCCGGCAGCAGCGGUGGUCGUGGGCCGGGGCGCUGCACCACGGCUCGCCCGCGCACAAGGACGGUGCGAGCCGGUGCUCAGUGUCGGCCGUAAACCUCCCCAAACACGUGGACUCUAUAAUCAACAAGCGCCUCUCCAAAUCCUCCGCCACCCUCUGGAACUCUCCCAGUAGAAACCGCAGCCUGCAGCUGAGCCCCUGGGAGAGCAGCAUCGUGGACCGCCUGAUGACGCCCACACUGUCGUUCCUGGCGCGCAGCCGCAGCGCCGUGACACUGGCGCCCAACGGCAAGGAGCAGGUGCCCGUGUGCCCCCGCUCGGCCUCCGCCAGCCCCCUGGGCCCCUGCGCCGGCCGCCGCCUGCCGCACCGGUGCCGCGAGCGACGGAGCGGGGCGGCCGCCAGCCCCGAGGCGCCCGCACGGCGCCCGCCCCAGCCCUCGACGAAGAAGAAGGAGAAGAAGGAGAAGAAGGAGCGGGACAGCGGCAAGGAGCGCAGUGCCCUGGCCCGCGAGCGUGGCCCCAGGCGUUCCCCGGUGCCCCCGCGGCCCCCGCUCCCGCACGGCAGCGCCAGCCCCCGGGAGCGGCCCACGUCGCCCGCCACGCAGCCCGGCUCUCCCGCCUGCCCCCGGCGGCCCCCGGCGCCGCGCGGCCCCCGCGCACGGACCAGCCCCCGGGAGCCCCCGCUGCCGCCCAAGGCCCCCGAGCGGAAGGAGCAGCAGGAGGAUGAGGAGGGGGGCGCGGGGGUGCAGGCCCCCGCCGAGCCACCUGAGCCGCCCACAGCGGCCCCCGGGUUGCCGCCACCGGUGCCGCUGAUGCUGCUGCCAUCCGCAGUCCCCGGCAGCCCCGCGGCGCCGAGCGGUGCUCCCAGCCCCGCGGGCACCCCCGGGCGCCCCACGGCCGGCACCACGGACCGGGAGGAGGCGGCACGGCUGCUGGCCGAGAAGCGGCGGCAGGCGCGGGAGCAGCGGGAGCGCGAGGAGCAGGAGCGGCGCGAGCGGGAGCAGCAGGAGAGGGCCCGGCGCGACGACGAGGCCCGGCGCGCGGCCGAGGAGCAGGCGCGCGCGGACGCCCUGGCCCGGCAGCGCCAGGAGAGCGAGGCCCGCGAGAAGGAGCGGGCAGAGCGUGAGCAGCAGGAGCGGCUCCAGAGACAGAGGGAGGAGGCCGAGGCCAGGGCGCGCGAGGAGGCCGAGCGGCAGCGCCUGGAGCGGGAGCGGCACUUCCAGCGCGAGGAGCAGGAGCGGCAGGAGCGGCGCAAGCGCCUCGAGGAGAUCAUGAGGAGGACGCGCAAGGCGGACGCGGCUGACGCCAAGAAGAAGGAGGACAAGAGCAUGGUGAACGGGAAAGGCGCCGAGCAGGAGGACAGCACAGGCCCCGGGGAGCGCGCGGCGCCGCUGGCCAAGGCCCAGGAGCCGCCCGCGGCGGAGGCGCCGGGCGCAGAGCCCAGCCCCGCGGCGCCCGUGCUCAACGGCGUGCAGGGCGCCCCGCGCGAGAGCGGCGAGGCGGCGCUGGGCGCGCUCGGCCCCUUCGGCGGCAGCCAGCCCUUCCUGCAGAAGGCCGUGGUGGAGGCGCGGCAGGUGACGGAGGUGCUGUGAGCGCCG